ACCACAAAGCCACGCGUAAACUUCACUUGAUGUUCCUCUUCCACCUCCACACAUUUGUGACACAAGGCCCCAAAUUCCCACCGAAAAAGCAACACUUUGAAGAACCGCUGUCCACGGCGUUCGCCGCCGUUCUUUUCACCGGAAACCACUCAAAAUUUGCAAAAAAUAAAUACGAUGUUGCGUGACGUGUCAUCUUGCAAUACAUACAAUUACGGUGAUGCCCUUUACUGGGAUUCCCGGUAUGUUCAAGAAGCAGGUUCUUUUGAUUGGUAUCAACGUUACUCUGCUCUUCGCCCUUUUGUUCGCCAUUGUGUUUCUACCUCUUCAAGGGUACUCAUGGUUGGCUGUGGCAAUGCUGUGAUGUCGGAGGAUAUGGUUAAGGAUGGAUAUGAAGAAAUAGUGAAUGUUGAUAUAUCAACAGUAGCUAUUGAUAUGAUGAAAAGGAAGUAUGAGGACGUUCCACAGAUGAAAUACUUGCAAAUGGAUGUCAGAGAUAUGAGCUUCUUUCCUGAUGAAUCAUUUGACGCCGUCAUUGAUAAGGGAACCCUUGAUUCAUUAAUGUGUGGUACCAAUGCUCCGAUGUGUGCUGCACAAAUGCUGGGAGAAGUGAGCAGGCUUCUCAAAAAUGGAGGUGUUUAUAUGUUGAUAACAUAUGGUGAUCCUAGAGCAAGGAUGCCUCAUCUGAAUCGAUCAGUGUUUAACUGGAAAAUUGAGUUAUACAUUAUACCUAGACCGGGAUUUCAAAAGCCUGGUGAUCCCCCUUCUAAUGUGAAGCCAUGCUUGGAAUCUAUUCCCCUAACCGAGAAGGGCCUACUUCCGGAAGAUUAUAUUAUGGAAGAUCCGGAUUCUCAUUUUAUAUACAUCUGUACAAAAGUUGAUGAAUCAGUUGAGCUGAGCUACAAAUCCACAGAUCCUUUGACUGAUGAUUUACGAUUGGAAUCGCUAAGCCUCGGGAAGGAUUGAUUCUUCAAGUCUCGGUAUUUCAAGUCGGCAGAAACCAUGUAUGUUUACUGAAGGAUGUACUUUUAUUAUCUAGGCUUGUAGUGUAUCUUCUUUUUAUUGGGGAUUCAUACUUCAGAAAAAGAGACUGUUUUGGGGGUGGGAGAUGGCAGGGGAGGAUUUUGUUUGUCUUUUGUUUUUCCCUUUGUGUACUAUUUUAGUAACGUGGUAUUCGGGCUGGCUUGGGCGCCCAUCCGCAGUUUCACCAGGAACUGUUACUUCCUCGGGCACAUGUAUUUGGUAACUCUGUCCAAUGCCCACCAAGGUUGAUACUGAUGGGCAGAAAUCAUUGACCCCCCGUGAUGUUUAGUCUUUUCUUACCUUUCCUUUUUUAGGGUGGGAACAGGUGAUGGAGAAUGGGAGGGGGCAAAUUUUUUUUGCAGUGGUUCUGUCCAGAAUUUUCAGCACUAGAUGGAAGCCAGAAUAAGUUACUCCCCGAUGUCUCGGGCGUGCCACGAGCUUAGCUUGUUCUAGGUGGUUAUGUUGUGAAUCUAAUAAUAGACAUCCUAUAGUUGUUAUCAGUAUUUAAACAAUUUUGUUUUAUAAUGUUGUGUCAUGUCUGUAGCAUAAAACUGGAAUAUUUGUUUCAGUUAUUU